CAAAAAAAAAAGAAGUAGAUAUUGAAGCUGCUCCGUGAUGGUUCAUUUGCCUUAAACCUCUCGAAUCGAGACAAACCGCAUUCAACUUUAAACCUCUCUUUCUUUCGCUCGCUCGCUCGCAAACUCUCUCGCACAGAAAAGAAGAUCCAUCAUCAGCUUCAACCAGAACCCUAAGGAUCAGUGAGAAAGUCGGCCGGAAAACAGUAAACUCAACUGCCCGGAAAACGGUAAUCGGCAGUAAGAAAUAGGAAAAAAAUGAAGAUUGUUUCAGGUGCAGUUAGGUCAUUCAAAGGCAAUAUGUCACAUCACAACCAUUUUCUCAGAAACCUUUCUACUUGGCCAUUUCCAGGAAAUGGAACUGCUAAUCAUCAGGUUAAUAAGUCAGAGUCUCUAGAGGAAUUUGAGCAGCGGAUAUUCAGUCCUAGGGGGAAUUCAAAAACUGAUGCCAUUUUAGACAAGCUCAAUCAACAACAGGCAAGGACUCGAGAUAGAUCUGCUGGAAAUACCCAGAUGUUGGAUGAUCUCGAACGAAGUUUUGACACAUUAUCUGAUGGAAUGGAUGGGAAACUCAAUAAUGCUGCCAGAUACUUUGAAUUUGAUCAUAAUGAAAUCGAUAAAGAAGAUUAUUCUUAUCGAUAUGAUACCACUUUUCAAAAGGGAUCAAAAUAUGAUACAAAGGAUCUUGAUCUUAAAAAACCUGCUGCACAAAAAUACUCCAAAAGGGAUGAGUUCAUAGUAUCCACUAAAGAAGUUCUUAGUCAAGCAGAUUUCAGGAAUGUAAGAUUUUUGGCAAACUUCAUAACAGAAGCUGGAAUUCUUAUCAAGAGAAGCAAGACUGGCAUCAGUGCAAAGGCUCAAAGGAAGGUUGCAAGGGAGAUUAAAACUGCACGAGCAUUUGGCUUAAUGCCCUUUACUACAAUGGGUACUAAGAAAUUUGAUUAUGGGAGAACUAUGGAGAAUCUUGAUGAUGACUUCUCGUACAGGAGUGAAAGGAGAAACAUGCCUAGUGAACAUGAUUUGGAAGAAGACAUCGCUUAAGGCAACCUUAUUAAUGUUUAUGCCGCGGUGUUGAAUUAGCUUGCAUAAUCUUCUUUUUUUGUUGUUUCUCUACCUAGAUUACGAGCAGUUGAAAUUUAUUGAAUAAGUGAUUUUGCUGGUAUACCUUGAUUGCUAUGGUGCCUAUGUUGUACUUUUAUUUAUAUAUUCUAAAGUCUUGAGCAUUAUUUACUUGAAUAUGAAUAUUACAAUGAUUAAUACCAAUACCAAAAUGCUUGUUUGCCGA